UUCGAUACUUCCUUCGAUUUCGAACCAAACUAGUUUCGAUAUUCCUCUCCAGUCAGACUAAAGAUUCAUUCACAGAGAUCUUCGAACGCCGAAUCGAACCCCUGAAGCUAACUUUCUGAAACUCUUUCGAUCUAUCGAUAAUGGACGUGUACUGCUCCGAUUGUAAGAAAAACACAGAGGUGGUGUUCGACCACUCUGCCGGCGACACCGUUUGUUCUGAAUGUGGCCUCGUUCUUGAAGCCCACUCCAUCGAUGAGACUUCCGAGUGGAGAACCUUCGCCAACGAGUCCGGAGACAACGAUCCUGUUCGUGUCGGUGGCCCUUCUAACCCUCUCCUCACCGAUGGUGGCCUUUCCACCGUCAUCUCCAAGCCUAACGGCGCUUCCGGUGACUUCCUCUCUUCUUCCCUCGGUCGUUGGCAGAAUCGAGGUUCGAAUCCUGAUCGAUCGCUUAUCCUCGCCUUCAAAACCAUCGCCACCAUGUCCGACAGGCUGGGCCUUGUGGCGACAAUUAAGGACCGGGCCAAUGAGAUAUACAAGAAGGUGGAAGAUCAAAAGUCUAUUAGAGGAAGAAAUCAGGAUGCAAUUUUGGCUGCUUGCCUGUAUAUUGCUUGUCGCCAAGAAGACAAACCUCGCACUGUAAAGGAAAUUUGCUCUGUUGCCAAUGGUGCCACAAAGAAGGAAAUUGGCCGGGCAAAAGAAUACAUUGUGAAACUACUGGAGGUAGAGAUGGGUCAAUCAAUGGAGAUGGGAACUAUUCAUGCGGGAGAUUUUCUGAGGCGUUUUUGCUCUCAUUUGGGCAUGACUAAUCAAGCAGUUAAAGCUGCCCAAGAAGCUGUUCAGAAGUCCGAAGAGCUGGACAUCAGGAGAAGCCCCAUCUCAGUGGCAGCAGCUGUUAUUUACAUGAUUACUCAACUCUCAGAUGAUAAGAAGCUUCUUAGAGAUAUUUCGCUUGCAACUGGAGUAGCGGAGGGCACCAUCAGGAAUUCCUAUAAAGAUCUUUAUCCCUUUGCUUCCAGGUUGAUACCAAACUGGUAUGCGAAGGAGGAGGACCUUAGGAACCUCUGCAGCCCUUAAAGUAGUCUGAGGAUGAUAUCAGCAAUACUAAUAAUAAUAUUGAUAGUAAUACAACACGUCAUCAUGUGUUUGGACUAUUCAUGUAGCUAAAUUUGGGAGUUAAAAUUACCUCA